UGGCAGUUACAUUUAAAUAUUGAAUAAUAAAUUAAUUUUGUUUUUUAUGUUUAUUUAUUUACUUACAAAAAUAUUAAAUUGUUUUUCAUUAGUCACUGACAUUAUUAAUUACACGAUAGUCAUUUUGAAUUAUGGAAACAGAAAACAUGGAAAAAAAUUGCAGCACACCUAUAAAAUAUUUAAUGAAACCACCGACACAAUUGUAUUCCCCAAUCAAAAAUAUUGCAACCACAUCGACGAAUAGUGUGGAAAGCCCUUUUAAAUGUGCUUCUUUUUCAACACCACCAACAAAAUUUUUUAGAGUGCGUAACCCAUUUGAUGCCGCCCUUGCAAAUCGGUUGCACUUGCCAAUAUCAAGUCCAUCGGUAUUUAAGAAAAUACCAACGCCUGUUAAAACUGAAUUCCAAUGGUCCAUUGAUGAAUUGUCUUCACUGAAUCCAGUACAUAUUGAGGAGUAUAACAGUAAUCAAUUUGAUCAACCUGAAGAUCCAGAAAUUGAACGGACUGCACAACAAAAUAUUGAAAAAUAUUUCAGAGAAUCAAAACAAAUAGUUCCUAGUCCAUGGGAUGAAAUUCCACGGAAACAAAUAAUACUACCAAAAGAUUCAACACCAAUGCGUGCUGGUUUGAAGAAUGCUGUAGAUGUUGAAAAACGUGAUAACGCUUGUCAAACUGUUCUUUCUUUACCACCAAUAUUACCUCCCGAAGUCGAACAAGUACUACGACCAUUUUUUACAUUUACUGAAGAUCAACAACAAUUAUGUAAUAAUAUUAAUGAGAAUUUAAUGAAUGCAUCUUUAUGUCGACGGCUAUUUCACUUCAGUAGUGAAGAUGAAUCAAUAGAUUCAACGAAUAGUUCUGUGAAAAGUGGAGACUUACCAGCAUUUCAAUCACCAAAAUUGAAUGAAUCAGGAAAACAUCACGACAAAUCAUUUGAACAUAGAAAAUGUAUGACACUCAAAUCACCCUCUCUAUCACCAGUGCAAAGAAUUUCAUCAAGUAAUUCUGAUGAGCUACUUCUCUCUCAUCACAAAGAAAAAGCUAAUAACUCCAUUAAUCAAAAAAUGUCACUAAUUCAUCAAUCAACUCCAACACCAAGUCCUCAAUCAUAUAAAAGUUUACUCAGUGAAAAAGAAACAUUAGAAGAAUCACCAUUAUCACCAAUCACCAAACCGAGCCACGAAAACUCGAUGAAUAACAAAAUACAAUCAUCUUCUCCAUUAAUGGAACAUGAAAUGGCAACAGCUACAACAAGCAAUGCUGUUAGCAAUACCAAUGCAAACACAUCGCGGAGAUCGAUUAAACGACUCGAUUUCUCUGAUGAAAUGAUGUCUGUAGAUUAUGCCGUCCCAGAUUCUGAAAACUUACCCGAUCAAUCAAUUAACAUGAUGGGUACAUCGAUAUUAAUCAAUGACGAAGAAAUUGAUUGCACAUAUUCAUCAGUUAAUUGGGAUAUCGAAAAUAAGAGUAUAUCGAAUACCCGACAGGAUAAACGAAUUGUUCUCGAAAACGAUAACGUAGUUAAAUCAAUAUUCAAUAAAUUCGAAACAACUCCUUCGAAAAGGCAUUAUCAACGUACGCUAUUAAAAAAAUAUUCAGAUAAUUUUGACGAACGCGAUAAAGAAAAUAUUGCACCUAGAUCAACACUUUUACGGCGAUGUUUUUCUUCAGAUAUGACUUGUGAUUGUGGUGGACGUAACGAUAUUCGUUGCCGAUUUCAUUAUUUUAAUAAGUAUCGUGUAAAUAAUAGUUUUGCCAGCGCAACUACUGACGAUAGUGAUAUUCGUGAUCGAUCGCUUCUAGAUAAUGAUCGUAAUACUAGCCCGAAUUCAUACUUAUCGGAAAAUACUCAGGAUACUGGGUAUAAUAGUAAUGUUAUAGGAGGUUCAUCAUCUACUACAUCAUUAACAAAUAUUUUUAUGGCAAAUACGAAUUUAGUUGAAAGUGGUGGACGUACGAUCUCAUCUUCAUCGUUGGAUGUAAAUAACGAGUGGCAAUCAUCAACCCGAAUUGAGUGAGAUGCAAUUUUAUUGCAUUUUUUUUAUUGUAAAUAGAAUUGUUCGGGAUUUAAAUAUUUAAUUUUAUUGUGAACGACAGAAAAUUGAAACUUUGCUUCGAAUUAAAUGGUGUUGGAUGACUAUCAUGUCUUAAUAAAAUGUCUAUGCGUCCGCCUCUCGUUUUUGACUUAAGUGCGUUGUGGAAAAGCUCUUAAAUCAUCUUGGAUUAAAUAAUAAGUUUUUUUGUAAAUAAUAAUUUGGAACUGGAAUGGAAAAAUUUUGUAAUCAGUUAGGUUAGAUAAAAACACUAUAAUUCUAUUAUACUAGUAGUUUGAUGAAGGUCCAAUUUUUUUGACGUUUGUUGACCAUUUUAUGUUCUAAUAAAACACAGUCUAAAUCUAUAUAAACUCAGAAGCGCUCCCACUAGGAGUGUAUGAUGAUUUGACCAAUCGUGUAACUCGUGUUUUUGAUAAUAAUUACGUAGAUUCUAUACGCAAUUUUAGUUUAAUGCCUUGGAAAGAAGCUAUUCGAAUUAUUGAAGUUAUACCUUGAAGGCUAUAUAAUGCGUUCUUAUUCAUAGUUUAAUAGCCCUAUCACUAGCAUGUUUUUUAAUUAAAUUUGAACGAGUUACACCCCUGUGUUCACUUGUAAUUUUUAUGAUUUCCGU